AUGAUCUCAAUAGUCGCGGCAAAUCCACGUACGGCGGUGAUUCACCGGCAGAAAUCCGAGCGAGCACCGUCGUUCUGUCUGAAGGAGUCCCCGUCUAGCCGACAAUCGUUUUGGUAUUACAAAACAACCGCGAUCUCGCGAUCGUGCGUGUCGGUCCGUAUGAUGUGUGUGCCAGUGCGGCGCUCUCGCACCAAGUUCAAAGGACCUACUGAACCAGUGAACUUGACUCAUUCGGUGCUGGCAUGUGCCGGCGACCGUUUACCCAUUCCUUUUCAUCGAUCGAUCUCGGAUCGUCGGGCGAGCGGGAAAUCGAACCUACCCGGAAAGGGAUAUUAUCUGUAUACUUGUAAGCAG